AUGCAAGAACAAACACAGCCAAAAUGGGAAGGCAGAACCUCUGCUGACCUAAAAGGUCCAGCAGCUGAGCAAGUUUGGCCUCUCUUGGCUGAUUUCUGCAACCUACACAAGUGGUUCCCCAAACUUGAGACAUCUUACCAAGUUGGGGGAAUUCUUGGCCAGCCGGGUCUGAUCCGGUACUGCGCAACUCCCCCUGCUGAUCCUGACGAUCAGACGACCAUCAAGUGGGUCAAGGAGAAGCUACUGAUGAUAGAUCCAAUCAAACGGUGUUUAAGCUAUGAGAUCCUUGAGAACAACAUGGGAUUUCACUCAUAUGUUGGCACAAUGCAAGUAGUGCCCAUACACGACAUUCAUCAUGAUGUCGUUCUUGGGUGCAAGAUCGAGUGGUGGGUUGUUUGUGAUCCGGUUGAUGGAUGGAGGUUGGAAAACCUUCUUGAUUUUCUUGAAUCUUCUCUCCCGUUGGUAGCAAAAACAAUGGAGCAUGCUCUUCUUUCUACUAGCUGA